AGGUCAUUCGGCUUUGUGUAGGAGUCUAUCAUAUCUUUUUUACACGAUUACUGGUGUAAGUGUGGGACUAUGUGAAGAAGUCCAGUAUAAUUGUAUUACAAAGAUCAUUGCACUGUGUGUGUAGAGGUUUGGUAUAACUGUUUUACAAAGGUCAUCGGACUAUUUGUAUGUUGUAGGUGUCUAGUAUAGCUAUUUUACAAAGCCUAUUAGCUUAUGAAUAUAUUUUUGUUUUGGUUUUACGCCGUUUUUCAACAAUAUUUCAGUCAUGUAACGGCGGGCAGUUAACCUAACCAGUCUUCCUGGAUUCUGUACCAGUACCAACCUGUUCUCCGCAAGUAACUGCCAACUUCCCCACAUGAAUCAGAGGUGGAGGACUAAUGAUUUCAGACACAAUGUCGUUUAUCAAAUAUUCACGCAGAACAUACGCCCCGCCAGAGAUCGAGCUCACGACUCCGUAAUCCGUAGGCCAACGCUAUACCUAUUGAGCUUAGCGGGCGGGUUGCUUAUGAAUAGAGGUCUUCAUAGAUCUUUUACAAAUUUCAUGGGACUAUGAGUAGAGGUCGGGUAUAACUGUUUUACAAAGGCCAUCGGAUUAUUUGUAGGUUGUAGGUGUCUAGUAUAGCUAUAUUACAAAUUUCAUCAGACUAUGAUUAGGGGCCUUCAUAGACCUUUUACAAAGGUCAUGGGACUAUGUGUAAGGUACGGGUAUAACUGUUUUACAAAGGUCACCGGAAUAUCUGUACAGGUCUGGUAUAACUGUUUUACAAAGGCCAUCGGACUAUUUGUAGGUUGUAGGUGUCUAGAUAAGCUAUAUUACAAACCUAAUCAGACUAUGAAUAGGGGUCUUCAUAGAACUUUUACAAAGGUCAUCGGACUAUGUAUAUAGAUCUCGUAUAACUGUUUUACAAAAUUCCUUGGUGUAUUUGUAGGGGUUUGGUAUAAACCUUUACAAAGUUCAGCGGACUAUGUAUAUUGGUCGGGUAUAAGUGUUUUGUGUAGAGGUUUAGUAUGACUGUUUAACAAAGGUCAUCGGAGAAUGUGAAGGGGUCUGGCAUAAAGCCAAAAAAAGCCCAUGUUUAAGGUUGCUUGACCAGACAGUUCAAGGUAUGUAAGGAGGGAUUUAUUUUCUUUUCUAUUUUUUUUCUAUGUUUUGUCACGAAGAAACUUCAAUAAUGAUGGCCCAUUAAUGUUCAUGUACAGAUAAGAAGAUGGAAAUAAUGCAAUAUAACACUUAACCAGUUGUUUCCAUUUUAAAUUAGAUAAGAGCCACUUGUCUUGUCAUUCCCACACAUGGAAGAGAAACAUCUGACAUCACAUGUAUAAGUUAUAAUCGUCAGUGCAACACUGGUUUUAAACAAAGAUAUUGAACUAAAUAAAAUUAUUCCAUAGUGAAGGAUGUAGAUAGCUGAAAAUGACAAGCGGUGACAAAAUAUAUCAGGUUAAUUUGGAGGAACUGGUGGAAGACUACACGUGGCGUUGCUACAAACGAGACCAAGGCUUCUUCAGAAAACUGUUUCUGAGGCGCAGCGAUUAUGUGUUCGACAUAAGAUGGGGAUAUGUGGAUUUUAAACACGUGACAAAUCCAGACGAUAAAAAAACAAAUGCGGAACAAUCAACAGCUGGCGAAAUAGAUACUGGGGAAGGUACAAGUACUGAUAAACACGAUUCAACGAUAGACGCUCAAAUAAGAGGACUUGUUUCCCAGAUUGACGCGACCAACAAGAAAGACAUGGAACUGUAUUUUUCUGAGUAUGAAAACGAAACAAGUACACCACAGACAUAUACUUUUACUGCAGCACGUGCAACUACAACAACAACGAAGAUCGAAAUGCAAGAGAACUAUACUCUUGGCGCAGAAACAAAUCUUGAAAUCAAUUUAGCAGAAAUUGUAAAAAUUGGAGGUAGUGUAAGCGGGUCAUUUUCUGUAACCGAAACAAAAGCGGAGGAAUUUUCAAAAACGCUGUCCUGGAACAUAGACACGCAAAUAAAUGUUCCAAGUUGGAAUAAAGCCAAAGCUUCUUUGUACGUAUAUGAGAUUCCAUCCAAAUCAAAGUUUUUGGUUAAAACAACCAUGAGUCUUCCGAGGGGACAACUUCCAGUAACUAUCAGACGGCGAAAAGACGGUAAAGAGGUGCACAUAGAGUGGAUUUGCGAUCUUGCUGUUCUUUUUGAUGAAGACUACAGGAACAGAAGCAGCGUUAAGAUUGAUAAGACUGUUAUAAUGGACAAUGGAGAUAAAGUUAUCGAGAAUCAGAUUGUACUGACAACACGUGGUAUAUGUAGAAAUGUAUCAUUUAAGAACCAACAUGGUGAAAAUUGA